GCUUCCAUGGAGCUUCUGUCCACAAAAGACAAAUUCCUCCCAAAUUACAAAUGUGAUGCCCAAAAUAAUCUGGUAGCAGUUAUUGGGGGACCUAACUCUGAUGUCAGUCUCAACAUGGCAACCAUUCUCUGCAUGUACAAGAUCCCACAGCUGACAUAUGGCUCUGCUCUGAUGAUGGAGAACCAGACCCAAGGAGUUUUUUUCCAGCAGAUGUUCCCAAGUGUGGCCCUCCAAUAUGAGGGUAUUCUGAAGUUAUUGCUGUAUUUCAAAUGGCGAUGGGUUGGAGUGGUUUAUCUGAAUGAUGUUAAUGGAGAGAGAUUCAUACAGGAAGUGCUUCCCAUGUUCUCCAAGAGUGGUAUCUGCUUUGACAUCAUACAAAGAUUCCCACAGCUAACUUUUUCUGUAUUUGCUGAUCAAAUGGUGAAGGAGGGCUUUGAAACAUUCUUGGGUAUCAUGAAAAGCACUGCAAAUGUAUUGAUUGUACAUGGUGAAAUCCAGACCAUCAUUAUUUUGAGAAUGGUACUUCACUUCUCGGAAUUUGAGAAUAUACCAAUGGUAACAAAGGUCUGGAUUAUGACAGCUCAAAUGGACUUCACAUCACUUCCCUUUCAAAAUGAUUGGAAUUUAGACUUCAUGCAUGGUGCUCUAUCACUGGCAAUGCACAGAAAGGAAUUGUUUGGCUUCCAGAACUUUGUUCACGCCAGAAAUCCUAAAGGGACAGGAGAAGACGGUUUCAUCAAAGCUUUUUGGGAACAAGCUUUUAACUGUGUGUUUCCCAUUUCUCUGGCAGACCAAGAAGAAAGCAAAAUCUGCACUGGGGAAGAAAAACUAGACUCUCUUCCUAUAACUGUUUUUGAAACACAUCUGGCCGCUCACAGCUACAGCAUCUAUAAUGCUGUCUAUGCCGUAGCUCACGCUCUGCAUGAUGUGCAUUCAACCAAGUCCGUGCACAGAGCAAGAGCACAGGGAGGAAUAUGGAACCUGCUGAAUCAGUCACUCUGGCAGUUCCACCGCUAUCUGAGAAGCGUUUCAUUUAACAACUCUGCUGGCGAAAAGGUUUCUUUUGAUGAAAAUGGUUCAUUAAUAGCAGGAUUUGACAUUUUAAAUUGGAUCACUUUCCCAAACCAAUCCUUUCAGAGAGUAAGAAUUGGCAAAAUAGAACCCCCAGCUUUUUCUUUAAGAAUGUUAAACAUUCAUGGAGAUAAUAUUGAAUGGCCAAAUAGAUUCAACCAGGCAUGGCCCCUUUCUCUCUGUAACAACAAAUGUCAUGGAGGCACCAGUAAGACAAAGAUAGAAGGGAAGCCAAACUGUUGCUACAGUUGCCUUCCAUGCCCUGAAGGGAAAAUGUCAAACCAGACAGGGAUCAGCUUGGCCAUAUUUGCUCUUUCCUUCUCUUCUGUUACAGCUUUGGUGCUUAGAAUCUUCCUCAAGCACCAGGACACUCCCAUCGUGAAGGCCAAUAACCGGAACCUUACCUACACUCUCCUCAUCUCUCUCUUCCUCUGCUUCCUUUGUACUUUGCUAUUCAUUGGGCGGCCUGAGAAGAUACCAUGCCUUUUCCGCCAAACAGCUUUUGGCAUCAUCUUUACAGUGGCAGUGUCUUGUGUACUAGCCAAAACCAUCACUGUGGUUCUGUCCUUCAUGGCCACCAAGCCAGGAUCCCAAAUGAGAAAAUGGGUGGGCAAAAGACUGGCAACCUCCAUUGUUCUUUCUAGCUCCUUUAUACAAGCCUCUAUUUGUACUGUGUGGUUGGCAACCUCACCUCCAUUCCCGGAUUUUGAUACUCACUCAAUAACUGAAAAAAUUGUUCUGGAAUGUAAUGAAGGUUCUGCUAUCAUGUUUUAUUGUGUAUUGGGUUUUAUGGGUAUCUUGGCCAUUAUCUGUUUCACUCUUGCUUUCCUGGCCAGAAAGCUGCCUGACAGUUUUAAUGAAGCCAAGUUUAUCACUUUCAGCAUGUUGUUAUUUUGCACUGUUUGGUUGUCCUUCGUUCCAACCUACUUAUGCACCAAGGGGAAAUAUAUGGUAGCUGUGGAGAUCUUCUCCAUCUUGGCCUCCAGUGCUGGUUUAUUGAUUUGUAUCUUCUCCCCAAAAUGCUACAUAAUUGUUUUAAGGCCUGAGUUGAACAGCAGAGAACACCUAAUGAAGAGAAAGAAUUAA